AUGGGUGGAUUUCUUGGUACUCUUUCAUCUGUACCUGCCACGAAGCUUGGCUUUAUAGCCAUUGAAGCUGCUCUUAAAAGAGCUAAUGUUGAUCCAUCACUUGUGGAAGAAGUAUUCUUUGGGAAUGUCCUUAGUGCAAAUUUGGGGCAAGCUCCCGCCAGACAAGCUGCUCUUGGAGCUGGACUAUCCAAAUCUGUAGUCUGCACUACUGUUAACAAAGUUUGUGCAUCAGGAAUGAAAGCUACAAUGCUUGCUGCACAGAGUAUUCAACUGGGCAUAAAUGAUGUUGUUGUCGCUGGUGGUAUGGAAAACAUGUCUAGUGUACCUAAGUACUUGGCAGAAGCAAGAAAAGGAUCCCGCCUUGGACACGACUCACUAGUUGAUGGGAUGUUGAAGGAUGGUUUGUGGGAUGUCUAUAAGGAUGUUGGUAUGGGAGUGUGCACUGAACUCUGUGCGGAUAACCAUUCAAUAACUAGAGAAUACCAGAUAAUUUUGCAGUUCAGAGUUUUGAACAUGGAAUUGUUGUUCAAGAAAGUGGUUCUUUUGCUUGGGGAAUCUCUUUAUCUGUGA